AUGGGGAACUUUUGGAUUGUUAAUUGGCUUGCUUGGGCGGCAACCACUGUCUCCACCUUCGACUACAGCGAUGCUCUUGACAAAAGUUUGUUGUUCGUCGAAGCACAAAGAUUUGGCAAGUUGCCGAUAAAUCAACUCAUAAAAUGGUGUGGCUAUUUCGAGCUCGAUGAUGGAUAUUCUCAAGGAGUGAAUUUGGCAGGAGGCUACUAUAAUGCAGAAGACCAUGUAAAGUUUGGGUUGCCAAUGGCAUACACUGUGACUAUGCUCUCAUGGGCAGCCAUUGAUUUUAGGAAAGAAAUGAUAUGUGGAUCACUAUUAAAGGGGCCUAAUUUACGGACUUCGCCUCAAGCCCCUACAAUCAUAGGACCGGCAUUGACAACAACAAGACUGGGUUACAAGCUUGACCCGGAACAUCUCGGGUCAGACCGCCGGAGAAAUUGCAGCUGCUCUAGCGAUUGCCUCCCUUGCAUUCAAGCCUUACAACUCUUCCUACUCUGGUAUUCUAUUAGUUCAUGCAAAACAAUUUCCUCAUUUGCAAACACAUUCAGGGGCUCUUAUGAUGACGCCAUCCCAUCUGCUGCUAAAUUCUACACAUCAUCUGGUUAUUCAGAUAAACUUCUGUGGACUGCUGCAUGGCUCUAUAGAGCAACCGUUGAAGAGUAUUAUCUGAAAUAUGUAGUAGACAAUGCAGUUUCUGUUGACACAUAA